AAUUACUUUAUUGAAAUAUCCAGCUGUUGAGAUGAUUAAAAGUUUAGAAAUUAAAGCCAUGUAUGUGAGGUAAUAAUGGAUUUUUUAUUGUGUGUGUGUGUGUGUGUGUUUGUUGACAGGUGUGGAUUGCUGCAGGUUGGGGACAGACUACUGUCCAUAAACAGCAUACCAGCAGAGGAUGGAACACUGGAAGAAGCCAAUCAGCUGCUCCGAGAUGCAGCUCUGGCCAAUAAGGUCACCCUGGAGGUGGAGUUUGAUGUAGCAGAAUCUGUCAUCCCCAGCAGUGGCACAUUUCAUGUAAAGCUUCCCAAGAAGAGAGGAGUGGAGCUGGGCAUCACCAUCAGCGCGAGUAAGAAGCCGGGAGAGCCUCUGAUUAUCUCCGACAUCAAGAAGGGGAGCGUGGCUCACCGAACUGGCACAUUGGAACCGGGUGACAAGCUGCUGGCCAUUGACAACGUGCGGCUGGUGAACUGUUCCACGGAGGACGCGAUGCAGAUCCUGCAGCAGAGUGAGGACCUGGUGAAGCUGAAGAUCCGCAAGGAUGAGGACAACUCUGAUGAGCAGGAGACUUCAGGAUCUAUCAUUUACACUGUGGAGCUGAAAAGGUAUGGUGGACCUCUAGGCAUAACAAUCUCAGGCACAGAGGAGCCAUUUGACCCCAUAGUCAUCUCUGGGCUCACCAAACGGGGCCUCGCUGAGAGGACAGGGGCAAUCCACGUGGGGGACCGCAUCCUGGCUAUUAACAGCGUGAGCCUGAAAGGGAAGCCCCUCAGCGAAGCCAUCCAUCUGCUGCAGAUGGCUGGAGAGACAGUCACGCUCAAGAUCAAGAAACAGGUCGAUGCCCCAAGCGAUAAGAAGUCGGGUCUCAAGAACGACCUGAGCGACAACGAGGACGAGACGACUGACUCUCAGAAGACCAACAAGUUCUCUGAGAUCUUCUCUACCACCAUUCCCAGUGUGGACUCGGCGACGGAGUCGUGGGACAGCUCUGGUGUCGACACCGGCUACGGGAGCCAAGGAACGUAUAUCCACCAGGCUGCCGGCAUUUCCCUGCACCCCCAUGAGUGGCGGAAUGCCAAGCACAGGAGCGCAACUCCCCCUGCAGGCCGCCGCAAGAACUAUCCAUUCAGCGAUGGGGGCUUCAGCGAGGAUGACUGGGACAAGCCCACGGGAUACGUGAGCCAUGCGCACAGCGACGGCCUCGUUUUGGAUCACGGCGACACCUUCUGGUGCCAGGCUCUGGAGGAUCUGGAGACCUGCGGCCAGUCGGAGCUCCUCAGGGAGAUCGAGGCGUCGAUCAUGACAGGCAGCGCACUCAGCCUGGGCGUGGGCGGCGGGAAGGUGCACGCGGAGGCGGCCGGCCAACCGGGGACGAGUCCUCUGAAGAAGGGCCCCCAGCUCCACGGCGAGUCCAAGGCAAAGACCAGCCUGCGUGUGUCCGAGAAGACCUGGGAGUCGCGGAGGAUCAAGGAGGAGAUGCAGGAGAUCCUGUCCCCGACACCCCUGGAGCUGCACAAGGUGACGGUGAUGAAGGACCCUGAGAGCGACGACUUUGGUUUUAGCGUAUCGGAUGGCUUCCUGGAAAAAGGUGUCUACGUCAACAUGAUUCGUCCUGAGGGUCCGGCUGAGCGUGCGGGUCUCAGGCCUUACGACAGGAUCCUGCAGGUGAACCAUGUCCGCACUAGGGACUUCGACUGCUGUCUGGCUGUGCCCCUGAUCACUGAGGCUGGGGACAAGCUGGAGCUGGUCAUCAGCAGGAACCCCCUUGCGCAGGGAACAAGCGGGCAGCUGCCAGACUUCAAGGAAGCAUCUGCUACACUGCCCAUCUUCAGGGAGCACAAGACCAGCUGCAUGGACUUAUGAGCCGCAUCAGGAGGGGACCUGGUCAAAAGCUAGACCUGUUCUAUCUGGAUACUUUACUGAACACAACUCAACGGGGAGUCGUUUUCAGUUUUAUUCGUUUUUUUACAUGUCGUCAGUGUUUUCGUUUGUUUUUUAUCCUUCUCAAAAGCCCCGAGGAGAAAAACAAUAAACUGACGAAACACAAACUCCGAGAGAGCGAACAAUCGCUGAAGUCCUUUUAUUUUCGGGUGUGACCGGGAGCUGACGGCGCUCUGGCUAGCAAGACAGAGGUCAGGCGCUGGGACAUGGCGACGGAGGGAGGAAGGAAGGCUUUCAAGGCACAGGGAAGCGCACUUCUGGUCUGAAGAUGCAGGAGCCAAUGCAACAAAGGCACUAAACAAAGACUGCGGAAGAAAGAAGGCUUUCUUUGUUUGUUUUUUUAGGAAGAAGGCAUUGUGAUAUUGUGACAGGCUUUUAUGCGUUUUAAGCUGCAACCUUUUCUGUUUUUUAUUUUAAGAUAAUUCUCAAAAAAAAAUGAAGGAACUAUUUUUUACUCCACUUAAUAGCAAAAUCUAGCCCUUGUAUUUAAUUUUUUAAAAAUGUGAGGAUUUGGAAGAAUAUUGCCGUGACAUUAUGUCUUUAAACCCGCCCGUUCUUGUCACCCUCAUCUCUCCGUGAUUUUGUCACCGCCCCCAUGCUCGCUUAAGCCCCCAGAGUCACGCUGUCCCUCCCCAGCGAAGCUCCCCGUGCUCCCCUGCCAGGCAUCGCCGUCGUUCCCCAGCACUAUUUUAAACUCACCUUCGUGGAGAGCACGCUUAAACCAUGUACUUCACCAGCUGUUCUCAUUCUUCUCCCAUUUCUAGCCUCGCCGUGUGAAAGGUCGCUGCUCGGAGUGGACAGGUUGUCUUUGAAACACAAAAAGCUGCAUUUCACAGGGAUAAAUGAAAAAUGCUAACUACAGCAUAACUUCAAUAAGUUGCAUGCCCAGGUGUGCCACUAGAGAUUUUGCCCCCCAUGAAAGCAUAUCAUAUUGGGCCCCCAGCCCAGAUCAGUUAUGUUGAAAAUUUGUUAGGGCCCCAUUCAUUCAGGGGCCCUUGUGAUCGUCCGAACUUUACCCCACUUUAUGGUGUCCUCGUGCAUGCUUUCACUACAUAACCCUGUACACAGUAAAACAAAGUACAAGGCACUGAUCUUUGUGUAAAAAAAUGCUUAGCUACCGACUUGCUGGCCCUGGUAACUACUCUGGUUUCGAAUGACCUUUUUUAAAGUGUGCUUUUUAUAUAUUUAUACUGACUAAACUGAGUAGAGCUUGUCUGCCAGAACUGAGCGGAUCAGCGUUACGUUUGCAUUUCCUUUGUGAGGGUCUGUUGCGAGAUGCCAGUUUACCCACACAGAAGCACAUGCUAACUCCACUGAGCUAGCAGUGAGCCAACAUACUACAGAAAUAAAAAUAAAUAUAUCGGCAGAUAGUGUCAUCUUUCCAGACUUAGAAAGGAAUUAAUUUAUUCCAGAGUGCAUUUAGCCAAAGACAGAUCUUUUUAUUUGAUAAGAAGAUAUUAGCUUUAUCUAAAAAAAAAGGAACAGGAAACAUUUUACCUUAGCUUCUGCUAAGGAUGUGUGGAUUGUUUCGAUCCCAAUAAUUCUGAUUAUUCUAAUGUCAAAUUAUCAUUUAACUUUUCAUAUUAUCAUUGGGAGGAGGACAUGAACUACUACUAAGCAGUAAAGGGAGGGAAGGGGGACUUUCAGGGGCCUAGUGGUGCCCCCCCCGACACUAGGCAGAUUUGAUUUACAGCAGAACCCCCCCCAGCCAAAUUUUAUUGUCAGCUACCCCAAAUGUCUUUAUCAAUAUUGCUAUUACUAGUAAAUCAGUGGCACUGCAGUCCCCCUCAUCUUCUGCAUAACCCUGUCAGUAUUGCCAUCCCAUCAAGUCCAUUUCACAUGAAGUGGUGGCUCAGGCGGAAUGUGAAACUGCAGUUCAGAGGAGGUCCUGCUGUGGUAAAUCAUCUCCGGGACCUUUGGGAAACAUCCAGAUUAGUCAUUGGGCUAUCAGACUUCAGGGGAGGAAGGUUUCCAUGACAAAGGCCUCUAACUUUGACUUUAUUGUUUAUUUUCUCUCGUUAAAGAUGGGAAUCAACGUCCGAACAAAAUGUGACGUAACCACAGAGCAUCAGUUCCCAAGUACAGGCAUGUCAGUCAAGGGUGCUUUAAUCUCCUCCAGUACCUUGUAGCCAAGCUGCUUCCAGUCCUAUGACACAAACGAAAAUCAAGUCAUACCUUAGCAUGCUAAGUCAUUUAGCAUAUGAAAAAGCUACUCUUAAAGUUACCAAAUAGUUAUAAACUCUGACUCUUUUGGAGUCAUGGGGGAGUUACCACAGCCUGAAAUAAAAUGCAGGGGGGCUGCUUUUUGCAAGUAAUGGUACAGCAUAAUCACAAUCUCAAACUAGCAGUACCCCCUGCUAAACUAUCUUUUAGCGCUGCAAAAUUUACAAAUUGUUGUCGACCUGAGUACCACAACACUGCUGUCUUUUCCUGCCUCAAAACUUCACUCUGAUUCUGAUAAAGUUAAUUCACACACAAUGCUACUAUGAUAAUUUUGUCUGUUUCAUAUCUGCCUACAAGUUGCCUCAAGGAACUGCACACUGUACCAUCUGCUGUUGCUCUAAAUCUAAAAUCUAAAUCUUGAACUAUUUGGCUCAGUAUCGAUGCCCGUGACCUUUUAAUAGCAGUGAUCCUUCAGUAAAGAGACAAUGGAACUUUAGCGUCAGCAGCUAUGAAAUCACUGAAAUUGUGUGAACAUACCUGCACUGUGAGCACGAGUUUAUUAAUGAACAUUUGACUUACCAAGUUUCCUCUUUUUUGAAAAUGGAGAGUACGUGUACAGUGAUCCCUGCCUAUCGUGGAAGUUACGUUCCAGACCCAUCAGCGAUAGGUGAAAAUCCGUGAUAUAAAAAGACCAUAUAAUUAAAAAAAAUAUAUAGUUUAAGCCUUAAAAUACCCCUCUCACACGCUUUAAACACA